AUGUCGGAUCCGCAAAACUACACGAUCGGAUGGGUUUGCGCCAUCAGUACAGAGUCCGUUGCUGCCCAGGCCUUUUUCGAUGAAAAACAUGACCCUCCCGCAGAAGUCGCUCAAAAUGACAAUAACUCGUAUGCCUUGGGCAGGAUGGGUAAUUAUAAUGUUGUCAUCGCCGUUCUGCCGGAUGGCGAAUAUGGCUUAGUCUCUGCUGCCUCUGUUGCAAAAGACAUGCUACACACCUUUUCUAAUAUCCGAAUCGGGUUAAUGGUCGGCAUCGGGGGCGGUGCGCCAAGUCAGCAGCACGACGUCCGCCUCGGCGACAUUGUGGUCAGUAGCCCGCGCGAUGGGAAGGGCGGCGUGGUCCAGUACGACUUCGGCAAGGCGAUACAGGAUCGCGCUUUUCUGGAGACGGGAUUUUUAAAUCAACCACCUACUGUGCUGCGGUCUGCAGUGUCUGGGCUUAGAUCUGGAUAUGAGGCCGAUGGUCAUCGGCUUGAGAACGAUAUCAGAGAAGUUCUUCAAAAAAAGCCUCGGCUGCGGAAAAAGUACUCUCGCCCGCCUGCCGAUAGCGAUAGGCUAUAUAUACCGGAUCACUUGCAUCAGGGCUCAAACGGAUCCUGCCACCAAGUCUGCGGCGAUGAUCCAUCAACACUGGUGUGGCGAAGCCCACGAGAUGAGGAAGAGGAUGACCCGGUGAUCCACUACGGGUUAAUCGCAUCGGCAAACCAGCUGAUGAAGGACGCGCAGGCUCGAGACAAAGUAGCAGCAGAGAAGGGCGUCUUAUGUUUCGAGAUGGAGGCAGCCGGGCUGAUGAACCAUUUUCCUUGCCUAGUUAUACGUGGAAUUUGCGAUUAUGCUGACACGCACAAGAACAAGCAAUGGCAGGGGUUUGCGGCUAUGGCGGCCGCAGCGUAUGCAAAGGAUCUAUUACGCCAUAUCCCACCAAACAAGAUCGAAUCAGAGAGGAGAGUGAGCGAAGUCCUAGGCAAUAUGCAAAGAAAUCUCCUUGAUAUGCAGCAAACAUCGUAUGGAAUCAAGACGGAUACUCAUGCAAUAAGGGCCCAUAGACACGCUGCAAGCAUUAAGCGCUGGCUUUCGCCUGCCGACCCUUCUACCAAUGUCAAUCAUGCAAGGAAAUCUCGGCACACUGGAACUGGAAUAUGGUUCCUUGAUAGUGAUUCCUUUACUGAGUGGAAGCUCGGUCUGCGUAAACAUCUAUGGCUUUAUGGAAUGCCAGGAUGUGGCAAGACAGUACUCAGUGCUACCAUCCUUGACCAUAUUGAGCAGAUGAAAGACUCGGUAACGCUCACUUUCUUUUUCGACUUCACCGAUAUUCGAAAGCAGAAAUUGGAUGAUAUGCUACGCUCGCUUGUAUUCCAGCUCUAUAGCUCACAGCCGGGGUCUCAAAAAGACCUCGAUAGCUUGUUUACAUCCUAUAAUAAUGGGCAAAGGCAACCAGACACUGAUAUCUUGUCUAUAUGUCUAAAAAGCAUGAUGCGGGCUUGCAAGAAGCUUUUUAUUGUGCUAGACGCCUUGGAUGAGUGCUCAGAGAGGAGUUUGCUGCUGGCAUGGAUGGGAGAAUUUAUCCCUGCUCUCUCGCACAUUCAAAUUAUAGCAACAGGUCGGCCCGAAGAAGAAAUUGAGCGUAAUUUUCACGAAUGGGUUGGGGAAGGAGCUUGCCUUCUUCUGAAUAAGAAGUGUGUGGACGCCGACAUUCGUUCCUAUGUCCGGGCCCAACUAGACCAGGGUGGACGUUUUAAAAGGUGGGCCGCAUCUCCAGAUAUACUGAGGCAAAUCAAGGAUGCAAUCGAAAGCAAAGCGGAUGGAAUGUUCAGAUGGGCAGUCUGUCAGCUAGAUAGUCUGAAAGGCUGUCUAGACCUUGAGGAACUUGAGGUUACCCUUCACUCUCUGCCGGAGGACUUAAACGCAACAUAUGCCAGAAUCCUUGAGAAGAUCCCAGUAGGACGCAAGAAGAAGGCAAUACGCUUGCUACAAUUCCUGGUCUACUCAAAACGGCCGUUGACACUCGGUGAAGCUAUUGACGUGGUAGCGAUAUGCCCCGAUGACGGCCUCUUUGAGGCGAAGUAUCGACUUCAACAUCAAUGGGAUAUCGUAUCGUACUGUCCUGGCUUAGUGUCACUAGUGCAGACCUCGGAACAGAGCGGAGCAAUGGAAGUACAACUGGCUCAUUUCUCAGUGAAGGAGUACCUUAUGGGCUAUAAUGGGGCGGACUUUACUAAACCGGAUCCUAAGGCCACCAUUACGCUAACAUGCCUAAGCUACCUGGGAAGCCUGCAAGCAGACAAGAUACCUAUCAUGAAGAUACCUGUUAUAAGGACACGAUUUCCAUUGGCAAGGUAUGCAGCAGAGACAUGGAUGGAGUAUGCCAAGGGUGCCGAAAGUUCCAGAUUCGUCGUGCAGGCGGCCACGGCGUUUCUUCGAGAUGAGUUCAAGUUUCGGCUUUGGGCUAGAUUGUUCAACCCUGAGGAACCGUGGGAUGACGACCCAGGUGAGCCUAAAGCACUUCCGCUUUAUUUUGCAUGCCUUCAAGGUCUGAAGGUGACUGCAGAGAAUUUAGUUUCAAGUGGUGCAGAUAUAGAUGCUAAGGGUGGAAAGUGUGGUACCGCGCUCCAGGCUGCUUCUAGCGAAGGCUACCUAGAGAUUGUUGACUUGCUGUUACAGAAAGGGGCCAAUCCUACCACCAAGUUGCACUUCGUUUCCAAAGACGGCAAGGAAAAGGUUUUUGAGGAGCCGAUUGCCAAAGGGGCUAAAUUGUUCGUCGAGGACAAUCUCAACCUCAGCACACUGACAAGCAUGGCUAAGAUCGCGUUCAUGUUUUGCAACCAGGGCCAGUGGAAGGAGGCCGAGCAGCUCCAGAUGCGGGUCAUGGAGAUUCGAAAGUCGAAGCUGGGGGAGGACCAUCUCGACACACUGUUGAGCAUGCACAAUCUUGCGUUGACAUAUUCGAGCCAGGGCCGGUGGGAGGAGGCCGAGCAGCUUGGGUUGCAGGUUGUGAAAUCUCGAAAGGCGAGGCUCGGUGACGAGCAUGUGGACACGCUGUCAAGCAUGCACGAACUCGCGUUGACGUUUUGGAACCAGGGCCGGUGGAAGGAGGCCGAGCAGCUCGGGCUGCAGGUUGUAGAAUCCCGAAAAGCGAAGCUGGGCGAAGACCAUCCCCACACGCUGCAGAGCAUGCACAACCUCGCGUACACAUAUUCGAGCCAGGGCCGGUGGAAGGAGGCCGAGCAGCUCGGAUCGCAGGUUGUAGCAUCUCGAAAGGCGAAGCUCGGUGACGAACAUUUGGACACGGUGUCAAGCAUGCACGAACUCGCGUUGACGUUUUGGAACCAGGGCCGGUGGAAGGAGGCCGAGCAGCUCGGGCUGCAGGUUGUGGAAUCUCGAAAGGCGAAGCUCGGUGACCAGCAUUUGGAUACGCUGCUGAGCAUGCACAACCUCGCGUUGGCAUUUUGGAGUCAGGGCCGAUGGACGGAGGCCGAGGAGCUCGGGCUGCGGGUUGUGGAAUCUCGAAAAGCGAAGCUGGGCGAAGACCAUCCCAACACGCUGCAGAGCAUGCACAACCUCGCGUACACAUAUUCCAGCCAGGGCCGUUGGAAGGAGGCCGAGCAGCUCGGAUCGCAGGUUGUAGCAUCUCGAAAGGCGAAGCUCGGUGACGAACAUUUGGACACGGUGUCAAGCAUGCACGAACUCGCGUUGACGUUUUGGAACCAGGGCCGGUGGAAGGAGGCCGAGCAGCUCGGGCUGCAGGUUGUGGAAUCUCGAAAGGCGAAGCUCGGUGACCAGCAUUUGGAUACGCUGCUGAGCAUGCACAACCUCGCGUUGGCAUUUUGGAGUCAGGGCCGAUGGACGGAGGCCGAGGAGCUCGGGCUGCGGGUUGUGGAAUCUCGAAAAGCGAAGCUGGGCGAAGACCAUCCCAACACGCUGCAGAGCAUGCACAACCUCGCGUACACAUAUUCCAGCCAGGGCCGUUGGAAGGAGGCCGAGCAGCUCGGAUCGCAGGUUGUAGCAUCUCGAAAGGCGAAGCUCGGUGACGAACAUUUGGACACGGUGUCAAGCAUGCACGAACUCGCGUUGACGUUUUGGAACCAGGGCCGGUGGAAGGAGGCCGAGCAGCUCGGGCUGCAGGUUGUGGAAUCUCGAAAGGCGAAGCUCGGUGACCAGCAUUUGGAUACGCUGCUGAGCAUGCACAACCUCGCGUUGGCAUUUUGGAGUCAGGGCCGAUGGACGGAGGCCGAGGAGCUCGGGCUGCGGGUUGUGGAAUCUCGAAAAGCGAAGCUGGGCGAAGACCAUCCCAACACGCUGCAGAGCAUGCACAACCUCGCGUACACAUAUUCCAGCCAGGGCCGUUGGAAGGAGGCCGAGCAGCUCGGAUCGCAGGUUGUAGCAUCUCGAAAGGCGAAGCUCGGUGACGAACAUUUGGACAUGGUGUCAAGCAUGCACGAACUCGCGUUGACGUUUUGGAACCAGGGCCGGUGGAAGGAGGCCGAGCAGCUCGGGCUGCAGGUUGUGGAAUCUCGAAAGGCGAAGCUCGGUGACGAGCAUCUGGACACGCUGACAAGCAUGGCGAAUCUCGCCUCGACUUAUUCGAGCCAGUGCCGGUGGAAGGAGGCCGAGCAGCUCGGAUCGCAGGUUGUAGAAUCUCGAAAGGCGAAGCUCGGUGACGAGCAUUUGGAUACGCUGCUGAGCAUGCACAACCUCGCGUUGGCAUUUUGGAGUCAGGGCCGAUGGAAGGAGGCCGAGCAGCUCGGGCUGCAGGUUGUGGAAUCUCGAAAGGCGAAGCUCGGUGACGAGCAUCUGGACACGCUGACAAGCAUGGCGAAUCUCGCCUCGACUUAUUCGAGCCAGUGCCGGUGGAAGGAGGCCGAGCAGCUCGGAUCGCAGGUUGUAGAAUCUCGAAAGGCGAAGCUCGGUGACGAACAUUUGGACACGGUGUCAAGCAUGCACGAACUCGCGUUGACGUUUUGGAACCAGUGCCGGUGGAAGGAGGCCGAGCAGCUCGGGCUGCAGGUUGUGGAAUCUCGAAAGGCGAAGCUCGGUGACCAGCAUUUGGAUACGCUGCUGAGCAUGCACAACCUCGCGUUGGCAUUUUGGAGUCAGGGCCGAUGGACGGAGGCCGAGGAGCUCGGGCUGCGGGUUGUGGAAUCUCGAAAAGCGAAGCUGGGCGAAGACCAUCCCCACACGCUGCAGAGCAUGCACAACCUCGCGUACACAUAUUCGAGCCAGGGCCGUUGGAAGGAGGCCGAGCAGCUCGGAUCGCAGGUUGUAGAAUCUCGAAAGGCGAAGCUCGGUGACGAACAUUUGGACACGGUGUCAAGCAUGCACGAACUCGCGUUGACGUUUUGGAACCAGUGCCGGUGGAAGGAGGCCGAGCAGCUCGGGCUGCAGGUUGUGGAAUCUCGAAAGGCGAAGCUGGGCGUAGACCAUCCCAACACGCUGCAGAGCAUGCACAACCUCGCAUUAACGUUUUGGAGCCAGGGCCGGUGGAAGGAGGCCGAGCAGCUCGGGCUGCAGGUUGUGGAAUCUCGAAAGGCGAAGCUCGGUGACGAGCAUCUGGACACGCUGACAAGCAUGGCGAAUCUCGCCUCGACUUAUUCGAGCCAGUGCCGGUGGAAGGAGGCCGAGCAGCUCGGGCUACAAGUUGUAGAAUCUCGAAAGGCGAAGCUGGGCGAAGACCAUCCCCACACACUGCUGAGCAUGCACAACCUCGCGUUAACGUAUUCGAGCCAGUGCCGGUGGAAGGAGGCCGAGCGCCUGCAGGUGGAGGUCAUGGAAUCUCGAAAGAGGAAGCUGGGUGAUGACCACGUUGACACGUUGUCGAGCAUGCACCAUCUCGCGUUCACGUAUUUGAGCCAGCGCCGAUGGAAAGAGGCCGCAAAGCUUGGGUUGCAGGUUGUUGAGUUUCGAAAGAAGAAACUCGGCGAGGACCAUCUCUCCACGCUGACAAGCAUGCACAACCUUGCGUUCACGUAUUUGAGUCAUCGCCGAUGGAAAGAGGCUGCAAAGCUUGGGUUGCAGGUUGUUGAGUUUCGAAAGAAGAAACUCGGCGAGGACCACCUCUCCACGCUGACAAGCAUGCACAAUCUUGCGCUCACAUUCUGGAACCAGGGCCGGUGGAAAGAGGCCGAGCAGCUCGGGUUGCAGGUUGUGGAAUCCCGAAAGAAGGUCCUCGGCGAGGACCAUCUCAACACGCUGCAGAGCAUGCACAACCUCGCAUCGACAUAUUCGAGCAAGCAACAGUGGGAUAAGGCCGAGCAACUCCAGGUACAGGUCAUGGAAUCUAGAAGGACGAAGCUCGGCGAGUACCAUCCGGACACCCUGUCGAGCAUGCACAAUCUUGCGUUCACAUUCUGGAACCAGAGCCGGUUGGAAGAGGCGCAACAGCUCGGCUCGCAGGUUGUAGAGUCUCGAAAGAAGAUACUCGGGGAAGACAAUUUCGACACCCUGCAGAGCAUGCACAACCUCGCCUUGGCUCGAAUGAGCCAAGGCCAGUGGAUGGAUUCCGAGCAGCUCCCGGUACGAGUUAUGCAAUCUCGUUAG